GCGCAAGAGCCAAUGAAUGCGCUACAUCAGGUGCUCAGGCUAACUCGUGCACAUGUCUCCCUUUGUAGAGGUUACCACCCUCAAAAGAAUAUCGGCGACUAUAUAAAGGAGGGUUACUUUUCAGAAAUACUCCCAAACAAGAGGUAACAAGAUGAAAAAUGCUUGAACAAAGUAUCUUAAGCGAGAAACAUCUGUCGGAAUUAGAGGCAACUAAGAAUUUCUCAGUGUAUGCGGGUUUUGACCCCACAAGUGACAGUCUACAAUUGGGAAAUCUUGUUGCCGUAUGCGGUUUGCUUCGAUGCCACCUCUCUGGCAGUGAUACCAUUGCACUUGUACGUAUCACUUAUACAUAAUGUUUGUAUUUUCUUGAGAUCGGAGGAUGUACGGCUGUUUAGGAGACCCAAGUGGUAGAACUAACAAGCGUUUUCAGCAAUCUGUAGAUCAAUAUGCGUACAAUUGUGAUCAAAUUGAGCAAAAUUUAAGUCAAAUUUUGAGUAAUUACUGGUCGAAUAUUGUUCCGCGUAUCUCUGUGUCACGAAAGCUACAGUCGAUUCGUAUUUUGAACAAUACUGAGUGGUUGUCCGAUCUGAAGAUGAUGGAUGUUUCCCGUCAAUUUCUGCCGUACUUUAAAUUGUCAGAAUUACUUCAGAAAGAGAGUGUUAAAUUAAGGAUGGAAGGCGAAAAUACCAUGGAUCUUAGUGAAUUUCUUUAUCCUGUAUUACAAGCGAUAGACUUCCUACAUUUACACAAAAACCACAAUUGCUAUAUGCAGGUUGGUGGUCAUGAUCAAAUUGGUAAUAUAAAUUGUGGAUUAAAUCUUAUUCAUCGUAUACUUGGUCAACAUGUUUUUGGCUUAACUGUCCCAUUGCUAACUACUCCAGAUGGUCAGAAAUUAGGCAAAUCUGUCUACAGUUCCACAAGUGGAACAACUACUAUUUGGUUAAUGAAAGACAAAUUAAAACCGUACAGUUUUUAUCAAAAGAUCCUGAAUUUACCAGAUGCUGUCGUGACAGAUAAACUAAUCCGUCAGUUAACUUUUUUAUCCUCUGAUGAAAUCGAACAACUGUUAGCUGAUCACAAAGCACAGCUUCAUCGUCGUGUAGCGCAAAAAGUACUGGCUCAAGAACUCACUUUAUUGGUUCACGGAGCUGAGGCUUUACAGGCUUCGGAACUUGCAACGCGAAUAUUUUUUCCAAAGAGUUCUGUCAAUCAGACUAGCGGAAGUCAGUCGGACAUUGGAUCUAGCCUACAGAUUAUUCAAGAUAUACUUUGCAGUUCAGAACGUAACUAUCUGAUUUCAUGCUUACAACCAUCAUCAAAAUUAUUGCCAGUUGUUUUCGCACAAAACUCUACUGAUUACUUUAAACAAUAUGAAGGUGGUCCCAGUCAAUUAGUAGAUACAUUUUUAGACUUAAUUAUGCUUACAUCGAAUUUUCAAGAUCGAUUUGAGGCGCUUCAUUCAUGUUGUACCAAGGGUGUUAUGCUUAAUGAUAUCAGUUUGAUAAACAAGAAUAACAACAAUUCAGAAAUAUUACCUGAAAAUAUUAAAGUAGCAUUUCAAAGAUUUGAUUCAAACACAGGCUUGGGUGUUUUACGACUGGGUAAACAUGAACAUUGGUUUAUUGCAACCAAAUCAAGUCUCAUAUGAUAAAGAAUAUUUCAACUAUGUAUAUUUGUAAAUUAGUAAACUUGUACAGUAAAUGACUUCGUACUGCAGUUUUUAUUUUCUAUUGACUGAAGAAUAUAUGAUAGUCUCCAC